UAUGCUUACACGGUUGAUUUAUAGCCAACCAUUUGAUGACAUCUUAGUCAGUCGCCAUUUUUAAAUUUCAAAUCGCUUUUCUCCUUCGCUUUUCUGUCAACACAUCCUCUUGGCUGCUCAGCCGCCGUGUAACGGAGUGUAAAUGACAUUGCAGCCAGGAAAGGGGUAGUAGGAUGUUAGGCUAACAACGCAGUUUACAGGCUGCUAUGGGCCUUACAGUGACCUGACAGCCGAAGUCGCCAAUUCCUGUUGUUCAGCCUGCAUAUAACGACCGGUGAAAAGAUGAUUCAGAGGUCAAAGGCAGUUUCCUGGGCUUGUGUGUUUGCUGUUGUUGAGUGACUUGAGUAUGUGAAUCUGCAGAUGUCGAUUGAUGUCCGGGCUCUGAUCAUAAGGCAGAUGGCUGUUUAAUGAGAGCUCUUCCUUGUUCAUCUCCAAGUUUUAGAUCUGCUGACGCCAACAAUGUUUUGGAAGUUUGACUUGCACACAUCCUCUCAUCUGGAGGCUUUGCUAGACAAGGAGGAUGUCACCCUCACUGAGCUCAUGGACGAGGAAGACGUGCUGCAGGAGUGCAAGGCCCAAAACAGGAGACUCCUCCAGUUCUUCUGCCAGGACCAAUGCAUGCAAGAGCUAGUUCGUUUGAUUACAACAGAACCCCCUGCUGGCGCAGAAGAGACCAAGCGCUUCAAGUAUCCAAACAUAGCAUGUGAGCUGCUGACAUGUGAUGUAGGGGUGAUCAAUGAUAAACUUGGCAAUGAGGAGCCUCUGCUAGAAAAUCUGUAUGCUUUCCUGGAGCAACCAUCCCCACUUAACCCCCUCCUGGCCUCCUUCUUCAGCAAGACAAUUGGGAAUCUAAUAGCACGGAAGACUGAGCAGGUCAUCAGUUUCCUGCGAAAAAAGGAAGGAUUCCUUUCAUUGGUCCUGAAGCAUAUAGAUACAUCUGCCAUGAUGGAUGUGCUGCUACGCCUUAUCAGCUGUGUGGAGCCACCCCCACUUCGGCUCGAGACCCUCACUUGGUUGAAUGAACAGAAACUGGCCCAGAGACUCAUAGAGCUCAUUCACCCUGAGAGAGAUGAAGAGAGGCAGACAAAUGCUUCUCAGACACUGUGUGACAUCAUUCGUCUCAGCAGAGAUCAGGCCAGUCAGCUGCAAGAGAUUUCCCAGCCGGACCCGCUGCUCACUGUGCUGGAAUCGCAGGAGUGUGUCGAGCAGCUACUUCAGAAUAUGUUUUCAGGAGAGAUGGCUGAAAGCUGCAUUGUCAGUGGGAUUCAAGUUCUUCUGACCCUGUUGGAGAUCCGUAGGCCAGUGGUGGAUGGUGUCAUGGAUGCUCAGGGGUUUGAGAGAAGUUACACCGUUAACAGCAGCAUUUUGUUGGCUAUUCAACCACACCUAAUACACUUUCACCAGCUACUUCUGGAACCACCUAAGCGAGAUCCCAUGCUGACUACUCUGGGUGUGCUGGAGGAACCGCUGGGGAACACACGCCUGCAUGUGGCCAGACUCGUGGCCUCUCUGCUUUACACCAGCUCUGCCAGCCAUGCAGUCGUAGCUCAGGAGCUCUGCAGGCUCAAUACCAUGGAUCUCCUUCUGGACUUGUUCUUUAAGUACAACUGGAACAACUUCCUGCACCUUCAAGUGGAGCUUUGUGUUGCUGCCAUCGUUCGGCCAUGUGCCCAUGAAAUGAGACUGCAGCCUGACUUCAGUUCCCAGGAUAAAUCCAAGCUUUCUCCUGACGCACUUCAAGAGCCGAAUACAAGUGAGCCCCCAACCUCUGAACCUUCAGUCACCUCUGAAAACUCUGCCCACAACUUAAUGGUGACUCAUUUGUUCCAACACUGCCACCUUAUCCAAAGGAUUCUGGAGACUUGGGAGGAGAAUGAUAAAAUCCAGUCAGAAGGUGGCAUGAGAAGAGGAUACAUGGGACAUUUGACAAGGAUUGCCAACACUGUGGUGCACAACCUGGAAAAAGGCCCAGUACACACUCAAAUCAGUAGCCUUAUUGCAGAGUUACCAGAGGACUACAGAGCACGCUGGGAAACCUUUGUGGAACACACACUGUCAGAAACCAAUAGAAAAAACACCAUAGACCUGGUUGGAACUGGAAACCCUCGAUCUUCUUCAGAGGAUGACAUGGAGAGCCCCUUCCCUAAAGAGCUGACAAUGCAGCAGGCCUUUUCAGACUAUCAGAUCCAGCAAAUGACGGCUAACUUCGUAGAUCAGUUUGGCUUUAAUGACGAUGAGUUCACGGAUCAUGACGACAACAUUGGUGCAACGUUUGACCGGAUUGCUGAGAUCAAUAUCAACAUUGAUGCGGGCCAUGACACCCCCUGCUUUUUGCAGGCCAACACAGCUGUGUUUGAGGCCUGUUCUAAGGAAAGGAUUCAGCCCUUUGAUGAUGAUGAAGAAGACAUAUGGGAGGAAAAAGAAAUCAACUAUGCAACACAAACAAAGUCAAGAAACAGGUUCGGUGGCUCCCCUUCCUCCCAAAGCCAAGCAGCCAGUCAGACGUGUGAGAGGACAGCUACUUCCAGCACCGAUGACCCUGACAAACCUGCAGACUCUGAUUCUGAGGAGGAAGACAAUAAAGACGACUUUGAUCCGUUUUCAAGCCAGGACCAGACAGUUGCACCUCCAAGUUCCGACUGGGUUGCAGACUUUGGAGAGGUGAACUCCACAGCUCCUGCAGCUGGAGCAGCAUUUUCCCCCUGGGACGCUCCGGUCUCCCAGCCAGCUGCAACAGAGACUGAAGAUAAAGGGUGGGCCAAAUUCACAGAUUUUCAGCCUUUCUGUUGCAGCUCUGAAACGGGCCCCAGAUGCAGCUCUCCUGUGGACUCGGACCUCAGUGGUUCAGACGGCACUAAACCAAACCCCAACCCAUGUGUGUGGAGUGCUUGUGUGGCAAGAAAAGCUCCUCUCGUGGCAUCGGACAGUUCCUCCUCCAGCAGCUCAGAAAGUGAUGAAGAGGAAGGAAAGACAGGGUCCACUUCCAGUGAGACGGUUACCACGGAGACCAUCACCACAGGUGCAGGGAAGGAGACUAUCCAGCUGACUGUGGAUGCCAAAAAUGAGAGGGCAGUCUUCACAAGUGAAGGAGAUAAGGUGCCUAUAGAUGGACUAUCAAUCAAGGAAAAAGACAAAGAAGAUGAAAAAGAAAAGAAACAUGGAAACGGUUCUAGCACAGUUACCGCCAGUCCAACCAACCAGUCGGCCGCUGUCACACAAGAGAUGCAGUCCCCUGCUAAUGGACCGGCCUAGCAACGCAGCACAGGCCCACUUUUCCCACCUUUUUGUUCAACGCGCAGCCAUGCCCCCUUUUUUGCUUCCAGUUAGCAGAACCCCAAUGCCCUUUUGUUGUCUGAAGACAUGUAAGUGAAUAAAGAUCGUCUGUUCUGGGGUCAAACAGUAUUUAUGCUGGAAAGUAGGCAUCCACUCAUGGGUAAUAUUGAUGUCUCAUAUGCGCCUUCAUGACAUAAUUACAACUAAAGAGCUUCGAGGAGGCGACCUGGGUACUGUAGAGCAUUUCAUUGUGCCACGCAGCCAAAUUCAACUUCUUUUAACUCAGAAUCUUAGAUUGUUGGGGUCUGUCUAUUUUUUGCUCUUGAAAUCAAGCCACAAAGAUUUUUUUUUUUUUAGCACAGGAUUUGACUGUUUACACUUUAGUAUUGAGAGCUACAUUGUAAUAAUCAGCCAAGAUUCUUGGCUAGUUGCCAGUUUCACCACCUCUGACUUUAGAAAAUUAAAACGCAGGCAUUUUAUUACAAGAAAUGUAAUUUUUUUUGUUUUUUUGCUGCUUCAAUUGUUCUCUGUCUGUUUUCAUUAGCUGUAAUCACUUGAGAAAGAAAUGGUCUUUGCAUUUAGAGUAUUGGACUUUGAGAGAAUCACGAUUCACUUCUGAAAAUCCCAUAAUUUAGAAGUGUGUGUGUGUGCUUUGCAUACAUGUGUUUGUAGCCGUGUGUUUGUGUGUGUGUCGAGUUCUGUCUGUUACAGAGCGUAAUCUCAGGUUUAAGGAGAGGUAUGCAGAUACAAAGAAAGCACACCUGUGUAACACACACUCACACACAGUUCCAUACACACAUGUAUCAACAACCAUAUCCACUAACAUGCAAAGAAAAAAAAAAAAGCAAAACAAAAAAGAACACAUGGUGAUGAUGUGCACAUACCUGUUCAUACCACCCUUCAGAGGUGUUUCAAUGUAAUAUUGUGAAUUUUGAACCUGUAUUAGGUUGUGGCUAUUCUUGGUAUUAUGUAAACGUAACAUAAAUGUAAACAUUAUAUAUAAACAUUAUUAUAUCUAUUUUUGGAAUAAAUCUGGUGUAUGGAAGUGAGGUUGUUUUGCAGGUUGCAGUGUGCGCGAGUGUAUUUAUGUGUGCGUGUUCUGUUGAAAGGCAAUAAUGAUGUCUGUUUUUUGUUGACGGGCCAGCAUCAGUUCCUGUUUCUUUGCUACUUGCUUCCUAUAUAGAAGCAUAGGACGGAGCAUGAUGUGAAUGCAUGUUGGUAGUCUGCAGGAUGUCUUCCGCAAAAAAUCUUACUUAAAAGAUGAUUCUGGUUAUUUACAACUCAAGUUUUAUUUUUUUCAUUAUCAUUUCUCAGAGUGAAACAUUUGCUUUAACUUGAAAGAUUUAUAUAGAGUGGAAAAUGAGUUAUUCGGAACUCGAAAACAACAAAAAAAAAGUAUUAUUUGAGCCGCUUUUCCCUAGUUUAAGCAUUUUUUUUUUGGCUAUUUUACUAAAAAUAAGGUUUUGGUAUUUUCUGUCAUUUGCCAUUUAGUUAUUUUGUAAUAUUGAAAUAUUGCCUUCUUUAGCAGGACAUUUCAUUCCCAUCGCUGGGUGUCUCAAAUCCCUUUUAACAACUCGCAACUUAAAAUAGUAUUCUGUAUUGUACAUAGUCUACAGCAAGGAGAAAAGUUUUAUAGUUCAAAAUAAAUUUUAUUUUUGGUUUUCUUUCAUCAUGCAUCAUAAUCAGUCAUCAUUGGUAGCCAAUGAGUAACCAAAAAGAAUACAAUGGAGUCGAGUAAGUUUUUAUAAAUUGAUGAGAUUUGAACAUAUUUUUCUCACAAUUAUCCAAAUAUUUCUUCCAAAAAUUUACAACAAAAAGUAAACUUUUUUGCCAUGUCUUAAAUACAUGAGUAGUAAUUUCUGAUACACAGUUGUAGUAUAAAAGAAUGAAAUUACAAUGCGUCUGUUCAAAAUGGUAAUUUGAAUUGAUAAUGAAGCAAAGUGAAAGGGAGAAAAGGUCAUAAGUUUCUUGAAAGCCUUACGAGUGUAACAUGUUUUUGAUCAGUCGCAUACAUAAAAUGAUUCCUCGAUCAAGAGAACUGGGGUUGUCUUAGUCUAAAUGUUUUAUCUCAAAAACAGUAAAAACAGUUCUUUUAAGAUGAGCUCCAGUCCAACGCUUGAUAAAACUUGACCUAAGUUAUUAUAAACUGGAAUAAUUUAUUCAGUUUUUUGGUUUUCCUCUUUCUCAGGGUAGGAGUUGACUUUAAUUGCAUAAAUGUCUCCUGAGUGAUUGCUAUAUUUAUUUUUGAAAAAAAUAAUCACUUUUUUAAGGAACAUGUCUGAGUUGUACUUGAGGAGCCACCUUGAUACUCCCUCCUCAAAGAGGCAGGGGGAGUUGGACUUGAAAAAGCAAACCAUGUAGAUACUGUAGGUUUUUUUCUUGUAUUUUUCUUUCAAUGGUCUCUGCCAAAGUGCGGCUUCUCUCCAGUGGCAUAGCUGAGCCUCAUAUCUGGUUUCUUGCAGUGGUCCUACACAUCUAGAUUUAUCAAACGCAGCCUCUUUUUGAGCCCCCAUCUGUGUUGCCCUUCCCCCCCAAAGUCAUACGGUAUAGUUAAGAGCAAAAGAAGUGGAUAAACUGAGUCAAAAAGAAAGUAUUUGAAGAAUCGAUUACAACUUUUCACUUUUAUCUGUCCAGGACAUUUGAGCUGUUUGAAGUUCUCAGAAGUUGAGGUUUGCUUUAUGUCAGGGUUAAAUAGCUGCGUGCAGGGUCGGAAUAUUUCAAACCUUCUUUAAUCAAAGUUAAAAACCACGUCGGACCCAAAGUGUUUGUAUGUCUUGGAGUAUAACGGGUAUGUUGCAAUGUGGUAGGAUAUGGUUAAAUUUUGAGUGCCAUUAGGUUUGCACAUUAACCUCAUUUACCUCCUUGGGUAUAUGUCCUAAAAUUUAAAAACUUUUUUGGUUGUUUUUUUUUUAAUCUACCCAUUAUAAACAGUGCCUUGCAAAGUAUUCAUAGUCACUGAUCUUUUUCAUUAGCACGUUUUACAAACGUCUGUGUAUUUUCCUGGGAUUUUAUGACAGAUGAACAUCAUUUGUUGAAUACUUGUAAAGCAGAAAGAAAAUUAUGCUUUCUGUUUUUAGCAAAAAAAAAAAUCGGAAAAUUGUGGAGUGCAUUUACAUUCAGCGCAUCUGAAUCUUUACUUUGCAGAGCUACUUUUUGCUUCCAUUACAGCUGUGUAUUUUUUGGGGUAUGUCUCUUAUAGCUUUGCACAUCUAGAGGCUGAAUUUCUUGUCCAUUUUUUUCUCAACAAAUUUCAAGUCUAGCUGCUGUUUAUCAACUUUAUUUAUGUCUAAACUUAAAGACCUUUUGCUUUAUAUCUUGAGUUGUUAUCCUGUUGGAAGAUAAAAGAAGAUAAACAUUUCUCCGUUUCAAGUCUUCAGCUCUCCCAAAAAGUGUAUUUAGAUUCAUCCAUCUUCUUAUUUACUUUGACCAACUUUUCUGUUCCCAACAAAGACAAACAUCCACACAGCAUGACACUGCCACCACCAUAGUUUAAGAUGGUGAUGUGUUCAGUGAUAGUUUUCUAUCACAUGGUUUUGCAUAUUGACCUACAAGUUCAGCUUUUUUCCUCAUCUGACCAUAGGACUUUGCUCCACAUGUUUGUUGUGUGCCCUGUAUGGCAUGUAGCAAACAAGAAGCAAGACUUUUAACAGUGGCUUUCUUUAAGGCAGCAUUUGUUGAGUUUGCAACUAAUAGCUGUACUAAUAGUUGACUUCUCGUAGUUUACAAAUUGGAAAAGGUAGUAAAGGAGGAUAAGUACAAAUGCCUGCUGUGAUUUUCAGAUUUGUACAGCAUGAUAAAAGUUCCAAGAAAUAUGAACACUUUUGCAAGGCAUUAUAGUUUGAGGCCAUUUUAGAGUUUUUCUUACACUCUAGCUUAUUUUUGAAUCUGUGUGUGUGUAUAUGUUGGGGAAAGUGUUGGCAAAGACAGCCGAGUUGUUAAAUGCCUUUUUUUUGUAAAGUGAACUGAUGCUGGUGGGUUUCUUUUCUUUUCUUCUUUAUUUUCCUUUGGGAGUAUCGUGUCUGUUACCUGUUGUCUAUUUAGCCUGUACAUUCAGAUAUGAACCUAAUAAACAUG